CGCGAUUCUUAACCUCACAACUCUGGUUCAUAGAUGGCAUAACAAAAUCUUUGAUUUUUUGGACGAUCGGUAUUUCAGAACAUGACACUAAGAUCCAUAAGAUGCCAUAUCCAUUCUACAUAUGUAAUAUGUACAUCUCAUAUGUAUAUCUCAUCUGAUAAUGCUUUCACUUUAAAUGUCAUAUUUAAUUUCUACCCGUUAUCGAUUAUCGAAACGUAUCAAUCGAGAAGUCGCAAAUUACGUGUAUUUAGAAAUGUGUGAGUAAGGAGUCGUAUGUAUCUACUCGUAUCUAUGAGAACGCACACCGCGUGCAUAGAUAACGUAACCUUAUUUCGCGAUCGUGAUAUGUCAAAAGACGUUUACGUGACAUAUCGAUAUUCUCAUGUACUUAUCUACUUACAUAUAAAUAUUUUCUUAUAAAAAGAAGUUCUGGUUUUUUGGUUUUGUUUCUACAGAAAUGUCAAUUCUCUACAGCAUUCUGGACCAAAUGAUAUAAACCUAGUAUUCGAUACUUAUUUUUCACAAACCAACAAACUAACUGCAUAUAAGUGAUAUUAUUACAUAUGAGUAUCAAAAAAACAAUGAUCUUGGCUAUUUUCAAUCGAUCGGUCAUUGUACAUCCAUUUCAAAUAUUUCAAUGUUAUGUAAACAUAUCAAACAUCUGAAAAAGUGUAUGCUAUAACGUAGCUAAACAAAAUGUAAUGCAAAAACAGCAGAGAUUUUGUAUGUGUGUGUGUGUGAGAGAGAGGGCGCGGAGGGGGAGAAAGGUAAGACACCAGAAGAAACAAGAAAUCAAGAAAAGUAACAUAACUGAAAAAACAUCACAACAUUUUAUCAGUUUCCUGAAAGUAUUAAAUUACAAGAUAUCAAAUAUGGAUUGAGUCAAUUUGCAUGCGAUGAAUUGACUGGAAGGACCUAAGAAUACAUGCCAUAACAUGAUACAACCUUUUCUCGAGGAAGGUGCCUGGUGUUACUGGGUCGUCUCUAUUGGAGCAUUGUUGUGCUUCCUUGGUCUCAUUGUUGCUUGUAUUUGCAGCUGUCGUCGUAAUGAGAACAAGAUACGUUCAGUUGUAAUUCCUUUAAAUAGGAAUGAAUUUCUCGGCCUUGCUGGAAUGGUAACUCUAAAUGAUUCUGACAAUGAUGGCUUUAAUGGGAUUCCGAUGGCAGAUGCCCUUCGUAUAGCAACGCAAGAUAUCAUUGACAGUGGAAAAAGGUCAACCAGUGCCAACAGAAGUCUUCCAGAUAUUCCAAAAGACAAAGGAAAGAGGCAUGAAAAUACAGGAACAUCUGUAUCUCAAGAUAUUUAUGAAAUCACUGAAACGAUCGGUGAUCAGUCCGAGCUCUACGCCACAGUACGAGAUACAGCAAAAGAGCAGAUAUCUAAACUGGACGUGCCAGAAGUUUUACAUCAAAAUCCAUCAUUGAGCCAAGAAACCUCGGAUGAUCAAUAUUUAAGAUUUGCGUCGUCCCCUAAUUCAGACAAUGUUGAACAUCCAUAUGCUCAAGUUCAAAAUGUUCAAAAAACAGAGGCUAAUCAAUCGAGUCGAAAUAAUAUUAAACAAGCAAGCAAUGUCGACAAGCCAUUGACGUCAACGUCUCAAAGUAACGGAAACCCGGUUGCACCACCAAGGACUCGUCGAUCUUCGUCGCAUAAUUCUCUUUUGUCUGCCGAAACCGGGCCAUGUGAUAUUCAGGCGGCCAAUGCCAUAUCGGGUGGAGUACAAGCUAAUCAAGAUUUGCCUUACAUGACGCCACCACUGUUAAUGUUACUGCCUCAACCACCGCAACCUCAGUCAAAUAGCCCGCAACAACAUUUUAGCGGAGAUUCUCAAGAUUCUAAAGGAUACACAAGCAUCAGUGUAAGAGAGCCCCUAGCUAACAUAAUUGCGCAGACGAAGACAAUUUGCCGACAGAGCCAAUCUGUUCGACCCCUCACGGAUCCUCAUUAUGCGACUGUAUCGGAUGAUUCUGACGAAAUGUAUGCUGCGAUCGACGAACAAGACAAGGUAUACACUAGCGGUAGCGAAACAUACGCACAAAUACAACCGACGAUGACAGAGAUUCAACGAGUACAAAACGAGCAAACAUUAUUCUCCCGCGUUCCGUCUCGUUCCGAUGAAACUUACCCUGCUCCGCAACCACCGAGCGUCGAUAGUUUACGGCAUGUUGCACAUGCUCAUUCAAGACAAGCUUCGUCGUCGAGUGCCAAUAGUUCUAUCGUAAAUCCUGGAUCGCCAAAGCCUGAGAAACGUCAAGCGAAUUCACCGUUACCGCCUCCACCGGAAGGGACAGCAGAAGUAUACGCAUUAAUCGAGAAGAAGCCAAAAAGCGAUGACCGAAUGAAAUCAGCUUUAUCCAGUGGGAAAUCUCUAGAGGAUAUGUACGCGAAAGUAAUGAAGAAAAAGAAAGACGCGGAAGAACAGCAGAAUGACGCGCAUUCAAAUUCUCAGGGAAGCCUGCAUUCUGAUACAUUUGUCCUUGGUUCUGUUCGAAAAUCAAGUCUUGUUGAAAGUAACAGAAUUGCAUCAUCUAGUCAUGAUUCUAUGGAAAUACAAAAGAAGGAAUCCGAUUCCGUCGGUGAUGUCGGUAAUUUUCAUUCGGAAACGGACGUUUUGAUGAAAUCAUCCCCUCCUUCAUCGUCUAGAACUGAUGACGGGUUGGACUCGUCGAAUUUCACGCUCGGUCAUGGAUACGAAGUUAUGAACAGUGAUUUACCUAAAAAACAUUCAACCACUCGCGAGUCCUGUGAUCCGAACUAUGAAGUGUUAUGCCCACAACAAUGCCUCACUAUGGAUACUGCAACAGACUAUCAGCAAACUAGCAACUCCGUUCCGAUUUCUUUACGAAAUAACGUAGAUUUACCAACCACUUCUUCUCUUUCUACUUCUUCUCCUUCAACUUCUUCAUCAUCAUCUUCAUCUUCUUCUUCUUCUUCUUAUUCCAUGCCAUUCAAACAUCGACAAAUUAGUAACGCUAGUAGUGAAGAUCCAGGAUACGAGAAAGUAAAGUUAAGGAGCAGAUCCGAAAUGGAUCCAGACACGGACUCGGAACCGAAUUAUGAAAGUAUGCCGCAUGAUUCAGGAGAACCAAAUUACGCUUCAGUUUGCAGACCUGGUGACAGCGACACAGACCCUAAUUACGAAUCUGUUAAUCACGGAGAUCCUAAUUACGAGAGCGUGAAAUAUAUGAGUGUUACUCGCACCGAGGAACCGCCAUACGAACAAGUGAAUACAUAUAAACUCGAACAAGAUCCGAAUGGAUACGAGAAAGUGCAGAAAAAUAUAUUGUUUAACGCUGAUUACGAACAGAUACAUCAAAAUCAUUCUUCUAAGCCGAUUAAUGGAGAUACCGAUGACGAGCAAUAUGUGCAAGUCUAAUCGAAUAUUCUCCUUCGUUUCCCUUUCGUUGUUUUCUUUUACCGCUGUCAUGCUCCUUUUAUAAUCCUUUGUAUCAUCAUAUUUUCUAACAUUUUUUCAUAUGACUUUCUGUUGUCCAUUGCUUCAUGCUUGUUUCUUCUUUAACUUUGUCCAUCAACUCUAUUUCUCUAACAAUCGUACAGUUAAUUGUUUAAUCGUCAUUCUUCACUUUUUAUUUUACUCGACCUUAAAUUUUUUUUUAUUAUGAUGAAAUGCAAAUUAUAAGAUCGAAUUGAGGAAAAGUGUAUAAUGUAAAUAAUGCGAUUCGUUUUCGUUUCAUCAUUCUGAUUCGAUUUAGUUUAUUUCUAUGUUUUUCCCCUUGUCCCGUUUCUCGCUGUCCCUUUUUCUCAAAUAAUAUCAAAUGGCAUGUAUCGUACUCGUAAGGUGUGUUGCAUUUGAACACAUGUUUACGAUAACAUCUUGCAGAACUCGUAAUUAGUAACUUCGAUGAUAAUGUAAUUGCAUACAUAUGUAUGUAAAAUAUGUUUGAACAUAACCUUUGAACAUAACAUGAUCUUACUUCCGGCGCUAAUUUAUGGAAAAUGAAUAUAUGUCGCGAUUAAAUGCAUUCAUUUUAAAUAUAAUGAUUUGUAGUCUUUUAUAUGUAUUUUUCACGAGAUCGAACGUUUUUCGGUAAAAUAAAAGAAAGCAAAAAAGAAACAAAA